AUGCUCCCGGCGAGCACCACGACGCCCGCCACGGCCGCGUCGCCGUCGCUGUCGAGCGAGACGGCGCACGCUUCCCUCCCGAGCCGAGCAGCCACCCACUCGCAGCUCCGGGACUCGUUCGCGCAGGCUGUGCAGCAGGAGAAAGCCUUGCAGAACGACGCAAAGUACCGCAAGUACGCGCUCGCCGUCGACAAGACGCUGCAGGCGUUCGACCACGUCAACGAGUGGGCCGACUUCAUUACGUUCCUCGCCAAGUUGCUCAAGUGCCUCCAAGGGUCGCCCCAGUUCCCCGUCAUCCCGCACAAGCUCAUCGUCGCCAAGCGCCUCUCCCAGUGCCUCAACCCGGCUCUCCCGACCGGCGUGCACCAGCGCGCGCUCGACGUCUACACCCACAUCCUCACGACAAUCGGCCCCGAGAACUUGCGGCGCGACUUGCCGGCCUGGAGCAGCGGCCUUUUCCCGUUCUUCCAGUACGCCGCCACGAGCGUCAAGCCGAUCGUCCUCAACAUCUACGAGCGCUUCUACCUCCCGCUGCAGGAGGAGCUGCGACCCGCGACCAAGGCCUUCAUCCUCGCAUUACUUCCAGGCCUCGAGGAGGAGACGGGCGAGUGGUUCGAGAAGGUCGCCGCGCUCUUGGACCGCCUGAGCGGCACGGUUUCUCCUUCAUUCUUCUUCCAGAACCUGUGGCUCGUCCUCAUCACGGCGCCGCACUCGCGCAUCCCGGCGCUCAACUACCUCGCCCGGCGCCUUCCCCGAGACGAGUCCGGCACGGGCUCCGAGGACGCGCUCGACGCCGUUGUCGGACAAGAUGUCGGGCUCAUGGUGCGAGGGUUCGCGGCGGCCCUCGAGGACGACACGAUCCUCGUGCAGCGCGGCAUCCUCGACUUGCUCAUCGGCACCGUGCGCAUCGACAGCGCCGCUUCCGCAGGUUACUGCAGAACCGACGACCAGGUCCUCCUCACGCGCGCCGUCCUCGGCGUCGUCCUUCGUCGCGACCUGUCCCUGUCGCGUCGCCUCUACACUUGGCUCCUCGGCCCGUCCGACUCGUCCGACACGCAGCUCGCCUUCCUUCGCACGCACGGCCUCGACCUACUCGCGGCGGCGCUGCGCCAGGAGAUGCGCGACGGCGGCGCGCGCGGGUUCAAGAUGUUCAUCUCGCUCCUCGACAAGUGGGAGAUCGGCGCGCUGCUCACCGAGAGCUGCGUCGUCGAUGCGGCCAAGGCGCUGCGGAGCAAGCUCGGCGACGGCGACAGCGACGAGCUCCUCAUGACGGGCAACAUGCUCCUCGAGGUCCUCGACCCGUUCCUCCUGUGGAAGCAGCUUUACGUCGCCCUGCGCGCCGACCUCGCCGGUGAGGCGGGCGCCGAGGACGCGGUCGAGCUCGCGCGCUUCGUCGUCCGCACGUUCCGCAUGCACGACGACGAGGUCCUUCGCCUGCACGCGCCGGUCGUCGCCUUUGCCCUCCUCGACCUCGUCCAGGACCACCUCGACUCGCCGACUGCGACACCGCCUGCAACCACCAUCCUCGCCUCGGCCAUCACCCUCGCGACCGAGCUCCUGUCCGAGGUCCCUCCCGCCUUCUUCGCCCCGUCACCUUCGCCAUCCACCGACCCUCUCUCGACCGGCGCCGCCCUCGCCUCGAAGCUCUACACCGCUCCCCUUCCCCUCGCGACCUCCUCCUCCUCCGGCACCGCGCCGCCCGUCGCCCAGGACCCGGCCGACGUUGCGCGUGCGUCCCUGCCGCCGAUCGAGGGCCGCGUCCUCCUCGCGGCCGGCCUCGCGCGCGCUCUCUCGCUCGUCGAGGCCUCCGACGCCGCGCCGCAGCUCCUCACGUCGGCGGCAGGUGCCGUCGAGCUGCUGCUAGACCUGAGCGCCGCGAGCGUCGACGCGGCGCGGGACGAGGACGCGGGCCAGGGGGCGCUCGAGCUCGAGUGGGACCCGGCGCGGUGGAGCGGGGCGAUGCUCGUGCGGUUGGAGCGGCAGAAGGCGACGGUUGCGCAGUUCGAGGGCGACAAGGCGCUCGUGCGGCUCGUGUUGAGGCUGAGCGUCAGCGAGGAGGACGGCGGUGCGGUCCGGCCGCGAGUGAGGGACGAGGGCAAGAUCGGCGAGGCGCUGGCGGCAAGGCUCCUCGCCUACCUCCUUCCGGGCGCGUCGCCGUGCUACCUCGAGGCGGUGCAGCUCCUGUGGGCGGUCGAGGCGCUGGCGCCUGGUCGUCGGACGCUCGAGGGCAUUGUCGCGAGGCGGCUCGGGAGCCGAGACGGGCAGGAGAGGGAACGAGCGUUCGAGGCGUUCGGCAACCUGUGGCGGUUUACGGAGGACGCGCAACUACCCGGCGUGCUACUGCGCAACCCCAUGUUCGCCACGCUCGACGCCCUCAAGUCGGACGACCUCGCCACUCGGCGCGCCGCCGAGGCCUGGAUGCGCUGUUCGCUCAAGAGCUACAUCCGCGUCCUCGACCCGCUCCUCCUCAGCCUCCUCGACCCGACGAUCGUGUCCCGGGCCGAGACGGUCAAGGUCGACGGCGUGCGGGUACCCGUCCUCGUCUACGGCCGGGCGUUCGACCAGGCGCGCGUGCACCACGUCCUCGACAACCUCCUCGCCCUGGCUCGCUUCGGCGGUCAAGGGUUCGUCCGUAUCGCCAAGGGCAGCUGGCUCAAGCACACGCUCGACCCGGCCCUGCGCGAGAGGGUCAUCGCCGCCGACCUCGAGACGCACACGUACCUCGACGGCAUGAUCGUCCUCCUCCUGCGCUUCCUGCGCGCCGACCCGGACCCGUCCCUCGUACCCUCUCUCGGCCCCCUCAACGCGCACGUCCACGCCGUCGUCGCCGAGCUCCUGCAAGUCCUCAUCUCGCGCGGCGAGUCGGAGCUGUCGAGCCUGCCCGCCAUCGAGUCGUCCCUCACGGUCCGCCUCUUCCUGUCGGUCCACCGCGGCGACCUCGACCUCCAGAACAAGCUCCUGCACGUCCUGCACUCGGUCAUCUACGCGUCGGCGUCGGCCCCACCACGACGAGGUCACCAGCAGGCGCCGUCCACCUCGACCGCCCUCGCGCAGCCCUCGAACGACGCGCAGCCGCCCGACCUGACGCACGACGACCUGUUCGUGCGCGUCCUGUCCGACGCCAUCAAGCAGCCGAGCAACGCCGUCAUCCACCACUGGAUCGACUUCCUCCUCAUGACGAUCCCCCAGUUUCGCCACGCCCUGCACAGCGUCAUCCUGCCGCUCGUCGACCAGCUCGUCGCCCGUGUCGGCGCCCUCGUCGAGGACCUCCGGGCCUGCUACGUCGUCGCGCCGUCGAGCGGCGACCUCACCGGCACCGCCUCAUCCGCGACCGACGCCGAGUUUACCGUCAUCACCAACGCGCUCGAGCGGCUGCUCCUCAUCGCCGUCAGCGAGUCGGUCUCGGCGGCAGGGGAGGACGAUGCGCGGCCGGCGGAUCGAGCGGCGAGCGAGGGAGGGACGUCGAGCGGCGGCGGUGGACCCGGCGGGUUGCUCGGGUACAUGACGGGCGUCCUCAGCCACCAGGAGCUCGAGACGGGCGACGUUCCGGAGCAGAUCAAGACCAAGCACCAGACGCUGCAGCGCGUGCGCGACGCUGUCGAUCUCCUCCUGUCGGCGUGGGACGUCACCUCGGCGCUCGACGCAGGCGUCGACGACGACCGCAGCAGCUCGCAGGCGCACUUUGCGGUCCGGGUGCGCGUUCGGGCUCGACGAGCGCUCGAGCGCAUCCACAAGGCGGUUCCGGGCGACGUCAUCGAGGACCUGGUCGGGUUCUGGAGCAGGCGGUGCCGUCAGCACGGCGAGCGGGAACAACGCGUCUUUUCCAUGUUGCAGGUCCUUCACCCGAGCCCGCAGGGCGUCAUCUCGUCACUGUGCGACAAGCUCAACCCGAAGCAUGCCGCGCCCAAGCACGCGAGCCCGUUCAUCUCGACCGAGGACGUCACGUUCGACUUCCUCGAGGCGUACGUCGAGCGCUUGGAGGGCGCCGUCGCCGUUCAAGUCUGGUCGGCCGUGCUCGGCUUCACCCGCGACGUCCUCAGCAACCAGACGUCGAACCGGGCCCUUGUCUUCCCGACCCUUCGGCUCUUCACGACCCUGUCCGAGAAGAUCUCGCAGACGAGCGCGCUCGAGGACCGCCGGUUGCGCCGCGACAUGCAGGAGACGUUCGUGCGCCUCGCCGAUGCCGCCAUCCAGGUUGCGGGUCGGGCGAGCGAGUCGGGCAGCUGGCUCAAGAAGGCCGCGCCGGACGCCGGGACGAUCAACACCGACUCGGACAGCAUCACGUCGGAGAAAACCAAGGACGAGCGCUCGUCGGUGCUCGACGUCGAGAAGAAGCUCUUGGCGCCGAUCGGCGACAGGGUCCUCGUUCGCGAGAUCACCGGCUUCCUCGCGCACCGCGUCGUGCCCGACCUCAAGCGCUUCCUCAUCGACGCCGACAAGACGGCCGGCGUCUGCUCAAACAUGGUCUACUACAUCGUCGCGCCGGCGUUCAAGACUCGCAACAAGACGUUCGAGGCCGACCCGACCAUCUUUGCCCUGCUUCACGAGAUGACGAGGAACCCGCAGACGCUCAAGGCGUGGCGGUCCCUCGUCGCCGACGCCUUUGCCGACAAUCGCUUCUUCAACGCGCCGCCGAGCGCCAACGACGACUGGAAGCCGCUCGUCCAGGCGCUCAUGCAGUCGGACAAGGAGCGCUUCGCCGACCUGUCCUCCAAGAUCUCGACUGCGUCGUCCGCCAACAUCUUCACGAACCGCGAGCUCGAGAGCCUGUCUCGGGCACUCAGCCUGCGUCGCCUUACCUACGUCCUCCUCACGGGCCCCAAGGACCGGUACCUCAACCAGUUGCCGUUCAUCCAGGAGAAGGUCGUCGACUUGCUGCGCUCGCCCGUCGGCGACAUGGUCCACGCCGAGGUCUACCUGUGUCUGCGCGUCCUGUUCUGCCGCAUCGACAACCAGCACCUGUCGGGUUUCUGGCCCGUCAUCCUCGCCGAGCUUCUGCGCCUGUUCGAGUCGCUCAUCGACCAGACGGUGCCCGACGGCUCGGACCUGCUGCUCCUCGUCUUCUCGGCGUGCAAGUUCCUCGACAUCACGCUCGUUCUGCAAACCGAGGACUUUCAGAUCCACGAGUGGAUGUUUGUCACCGACACGGUCGACGCCAUGUAUCCGCCCGACCCGUGGCUCCCGCAGGCGAUCAUGGACCGGCUCGGCGACAUGCUCAGCAACAACUCGACGCCUGCAUCUGCGACUGGCUCGGGCCUCGACAGGGCCGAGACAGCACCGUCAUCCCGGUCCACCGUCAUCGUCGCGCGCCCAGACUCGCCGCCGGCGCCCGCUCAACCAGCUCGCCGACCGCUCCUCGCAGAGCGCCGCAUCCGGUCGAUGCGCGAGCUCGAGCCGUUCUUCGCGUCGGUGAGCGUCGCGGCGUACGAGUCGAUCUAUCGGGCGGGCACUCGGGUCGACUGGGCGGCCGUCGAGCGGUCGCUCGAGCGCGACGUCUUUGAGGGAUCCGAGGGCGGAGGCGGCGGCACAGGUCCGGCCGCGGCGCCGUGA